ACUUGUGUAAGCCUACUAUGCACCUGGUAAGACCAAACUCUGUUCACUGGUUCUGGACGGCCUAUGUGCACAUGUAAUACAGACUGGAGUCCAUGGCUUCAACGAGGUGUUGCGGCCUUUUUUCUUCUUCAAACACAAUGUACUCUUGAUUGUGGUGGUAGCUCUGGUAGAACGAGUAUUGUGUGACGGUACUAUGGCAAGCUGAGCAUGGCAGGACACAUGAUGAUGAUGGAGAAGAAUACAGGGCGCUCGUAAUGCAAGGUAAGCAGAAAGCGGGGUGGAGAGAUGCCGAUACAGAAAGGGGGAAAAGGUAGUGGUGGAACAGAUGCAAGAGUCCGGGUAGACCGCGCGUGGCGCGGCUCCCGGUACCGACAGCGGCUCAGUGGAUCCGCUUCGCGUUACGUCACAUACACCUUUCUCUCGCCGCCGCCGACACGCCCAACACACAUCCCAGACAGCUGGCAUGCUCAAGCUCAAGCUCUUUCGCCAGCAAACAACAUGGUGCGCACGAGAUCGAGCAUGGCGCAGCUAACACCGAGUCCAGCUUCGGGCAAGCAACAAGAUAUGCUUGGCUCUCCAGCAAGCUUCGAUGGCAAGCUCGAGAAAUUCCAAUACGUUGCCACCGACCCGCCAACAAACCCUAGCAAAGCAUCGCCGGCUCUCCAGGGCGGUGACAUGCCAGGCCGCGCCAAUAACUCUUUGAAGCGCACACACGCGCAACGUCUCACGGCUGAGUCGGACGCUACGCCUCAAUCGCCCUCACCAACGAAGCGGCGCCGCACGCCCAGCAAAUACGCGCAUCCUUCCAAAUACGCGCACCUCAAGCCGCUCACGGACAUCCUGGAACCGAACCUCAUCUGUGUCUUCGUUGGCACCAACCCCGGCGUCCGGACCGCCACCGCCGGCCAUGCCUAUGCCCACCCUUCGAAUCAUUUCUGGAAGCUGUUACACUCAUCCGGAUGUACGGAUCGAAGGUGUAAGCCGGAAGAGGAUGUGGAUCUGCCUAGACUGUACUCUAUGGGUAACACAAACAUCGUGGAGAGGCCAACUAAAGAUGCUGCGGAGCUGAGUAAGGCCGAGAUGGCGGCUGGAACACCAAUACUAGAUGCCAAGUUCAGGGAAUACAAGCCCGAGGCAGUGUGCAUUGUUGGAAAAGGCAUUUGGGAAGCCAUAUGGCGGUACCGUCAUGGCAAAAACCCUACAAAAAAUGAAUUCAAGUAUGGCUGGCAAGAAGAAAAAGAGAACAUGGGCCAAAGCGAGGAUGGUGAAGGAGAGCUCGAUGCCAAAGGCAAUCCGUGGAAAGGAUCACGCGUCUUUGUCACUACUAGCACGAGUGGAUUGUCUGCUUCCACAAGGCCCUCUGAGAAAGAAGCCAUCUGGAGACCGUUUGGGGAGUGGGUGAAGCAGAGGAGAGCGGAACGUUCGGCUUCGGGGUCAGUGCCCAGCUGAACGUGCCACAUGCGCCGUCUGUUGCUCAGACGACAAACCACACCGGAUGCUUCGUGAAUUACAAAAGAUCUGUCAUCAGAUGAGGCACAUUCUGGAUUGGCAAGCCCUAGGUUACUCGCGCAUGCUCUUGACGUGGGUCCAUGGCCUUUGACAUGUCAAACCCGAUGGACACCUACCGCCGGAUUUCAAGAAAACAAAGAAAGGUAGCAUCACCUCGUGAGCAAUUGGGGACUGGGCUGGUCCGGAUCGGUCAAAGCAAAAGGUGUAACAUCCAGAG